CUCUCAAUAACUUACUACUCAGCAUCAUAUCUCUCCCCUCCCCCCGCCUUAUCUUCCACCGGGACUACCGCUUCCCCCUCAAUGCUCCCCCGCGCCUCCCUCUCCGGCUUCCUCCCCCGCCGCGUCUUCUCCCUUACUGCUACCAGAAUGGCUUCUACCUCCGCAACCCCCGUCGAAGAUCUCAUCCGGGAGAAGCUUACAACUGCUUUCACCCCCUCCACCCUCAUCAUCCGCAAUGAUUCGCAUCUGCACGCACACCAUAACGCCAUGCGCGGAUCGACUUCGAAAGAGACCCAUUUCCAUGUGACGAUCACAUCGCCCUCAUUCCAGUCGAAGCCCCAGCCUGCGCGCCAUCGUAUGGUCUAUGGCCUGUUGAAGGAGGAGAUGAGUCGCGAGGGUGGCAUCCAUGCGCUGCAGUUGCGGACAAAGACGCCGGAGGAGGAACAGCGGGAGGAGGAGAGGAAGGCGGCGAAGGCUUGAUAUACAACAUACAGCAUAUACUACUUGAUACAGCAAGGGUUGAUGAUGUUCUUUCAUUUGACUUGAUCUGCGAUACCCCAUGAAUAAAUGCAUUAUACGGUCAAUCGAGUGCGUUCUGCAUACAGUUCGUACAUACAUCAAGGGAUAUUAUUAUAAGGUAGUCGGAUUAUUACAUGUUCUAGCGCCAAAGGUAGGGGCAACGAAGAGACUCUAAUAUAUACACUGCGAUAGCAUCAAGCGCAUCCUAGCCAACGUGCAGCGACAGUAAUUCAUCAGGCCGCAUACGCCCCAAGACGCAGAAACUAUACACGACCGAUCAGUGGAUACAGACAAAACAGCGACGAGCGAUCAAGCAGACAUAGGAGACGAUUCAGC